GUAUUGGCGCCCGCAUCAGCGCUCGCUACAGCAACUGCGUCGGCGGCAGCGUCACUGGCAGCGCCCAAUGCAAGCAAUGGACACAACAAACGCAAAUCGCAUCGCAAGCACUACAACAACAACAACCAUCAUCGGCACACAUCACGCAAGAAUCAUCGCAAGAACAUAGCAGCCGUCGCGGUUAACAGCAAUGUGGACAGCAACAACAACAACAACAACAACCUGAAUAACGACUAUGUAGCCGAGCCAUUUGUGGUGGAGACGCCACCCAUGAAUCCACCCAUACUGUCCGUGGUGCAGGAGCCAUACACACAGCUACCCAUACCGUUGGUACUGAAUUCGAGAGAAGAUAAGCGUCCGCUGUAUUACACCCAUGGCGAGCGUAGGGGCGGCAGCGGCGGUGCGCGAAAGCGUGCGGGUUACGAUACACAAACAUAUAUGAAUCCGCUGCUGACCGGUGAGCUUAUUUUUGAGAAAUAAAAAGCGAAAAUGUGUGAGGGAGCGCAGGGACUGCGAUUGAGGGAAGGGGGUGGAAUACAAAUAAGUGGAAGAAAUAAACAAAAAAAUUACUUUAGCAAAGCGCAAGGUUUGGCAGGGUUGCAUAGCAAAGCAUUUAUGUAGAUAAGUAAAGUAAAUAGUUGGUGGCAUUUGGAAAAGAGUUUCAAAAACAAAACCCAGCCAUAAUUGGGUAAUUUCAAAGAUAAACAACAACAGCAAAUACUGCCAUUAUUGCCGCCCCUAACUGCACGGACACCAGCAGUAGCGGCAGCUUUACAAUCGCAUUGCCGUUGCUGCUGCUGCUGCUGCGGCUACAACAAACAUCACACACACCACAAGUAAACUAUUGAAACCCAGAAAACAAUAA